CAAUUUCCAUUUACGCGACGAUCGCUUUUAAGAUCGGUCGUCGGUCAGCGCAAAAUUUGCAGCAUACUAGGGGCUCCCCUUUUUUGUUAUCGUUUUCGAUUGUUGUGUUUUUUUUUUUGGUGUUUUUUUUUUUAAUUUUUUUUUUUUUGGCUCUCUUGCGCGGGCAAGCGGCAAUAUAAAAUUGAAGCGCAUACAAGCGCAGCAUUUAGUCGAAGUUUGAAGUCGAAUAAAGCGGGAACACUCUCCCACACAUACACAUUCGCAAAUUGCACUCACUCUCUCGCUUGAAGAGCCGGCAGCAGGAAGAAGAAGAACUGAAAGAGCGUUGCAAGCAUCCCCAACAACAACAAACAGUCAACCUGCUGAUAGACACAACGAAAUGAUUACGCAAAAAACUCAUCUGCUGAUGCUGCUCCUCAUGGGACUGAUAGCGGCCUGUCUAGCCAACGAGUUGCCCUCCAACCUCACCCAACUGGAUGUCAAUGAGAUUCCCCAGCGAUACGAUGAGGCGCAACUCUGGAGGAUCUACAACAUCUCGGAGGCGAUGCAGCACCGCGUGCCCGUGGGACAAAUGCUGGAACAGAAGUUCGGGGGCAACAUAUGGAAGGAGAACUCCAAGUUUCUGGACAUCUCCAUUGCCAGGGAUCAAUUGAAGGCGGCACGUAGCUUUCUGUCCGCCCACCGUCUGGAUCCCCAGAUUUUGUCCCACAAUGUCCAAGCCAUGAUCGACGAGGAGCUGAUUGGAGGCAUUGAGGCCACUUCGAUGGCGCACGGAAGUCGAACGAAAAAGUCCGCGAGGAGCAGCAUGCACUGGAAGGACUAUCAUGACCUGGACACCAUAUAUAGCUUUAUGCGGGAGAUCCGCAGCAAGUUUCCCAACAUUGUGCGAUUGUAUACUAUUGGCAAGACGGAGCAGGGUCGCGACCUAAAAGUGCUCAGAAUCUCGGAAAAUCCCCGCGAGAACAAGAAGGUGUGGAUCGACGGCGGCAUCCAUGCCCGCGAAUGGAUCAGUCCCGCAACGGUCACCUUCAUCCUGUACCAACUGAUGUCCAACUGGGAGAACCAGCCGGCGCACAUCCGUGGCCUGACCUGGUACAUAAUGCCGGUGAUGAACCCGGAUGGCUACGAGUACAGCCGGACGACCAAUCGCCUGUGGCGCAAGAAUCGCUCGAAAUCGCGACGUGCCCAGUGCAACGGUGUGGAUCUGAACCGAAACUUUGACAUCGGCUGGAAUGGCUACGGGUCAUCGACGAAUCCCUGCAGCGACACCUACCGCGGAUCUUCGCCAGCUUCGGAGCUGGAAACGCGAGCGGUGGCCGAGUUGGAGAAGCGAAAGUACAAUCUGGAAGCGUAUCUGACGUUCCACAGCUACGGUCAGAUGAUCGUCUAUCCGUGGGCCUACAAGGCCGUCAAGGUCAAGGAUGCGGGUGUCCUGCAGCGGGUGGCCAGCCUGGCAGCGGAGCGGAUUGUCCAGAAGACGGGCACGGCGUACAGAGCGGCCGUUACCCACGAGGUACUGGGAAUCGCAGGCGGUGGCUCCGACGACUGGAGUCGUGCCGCUUUAAACGUCAAAUAUGUGUACACCAUUGAGCUAAGGGAUCGUGGCGCAUACGGCUUCGUCCUACCGCCGCGUUUCAUCAAGGACACAGCUCUCGAGGGCUGGACAGUGACGGAAACGGUGGCCCAGGCGAUUGGCCCCAGUUCAUCUACUUGAACACGGCUCAAUCUGCUCCAAAUCUUGGUAUAAUUUGUAAUACGUUUUUUUUACAACCCACCUUGUGUGUUUGAACUGCAUGUGUGCCUGAAGGAUUAUUUAUGUUGGUUUGUUUGCGUGUUUGGGUCCGUGAGAGAGUGUGUUUAUUUUUGGGUGGGCUGCUGUAUUCUUUGAAUUCGUACGGCGGACAAUAAACGAAAGCUAUGCUAUUUAUUACUAUA